CCUAUCAAAAGCCGAAGAUGUUUGCUUCUAUAAAAGGAAAAAUAAAGAUUCAAUCUUUGGAAUCGUUAUUGUAUUUCCAAAUCAGAUAUUCCGGAAAAAAAUAAAAAAAGAAAGAAAGAGAAACAAACCAAAAGAAAGAGAUGAAAAGAAUGGUAAGUUGCUUCUGACUGAAACAAUGGAUUUGGCUGGGUACCCUAAAAAGGGCAGAAGACUAAUUCUUCAAGCAACCAAUCCACACUACUACUAAUAAUAAUAACAGUUUCAAAGAAAGGAAGCAAAACUCAUAAGAGAGAAAAGAGUGAGUUGAAGAAACAAGAGGAAGAAAAAGAUAUCAACUUUGGUUAUUUUAAUGGAGCAAGUUGUUAUGGAAAAUCUUUUCAAUGGUGAUAUAGAGGCUCAAACUGAGGCUGCUAAUGAAAUAGCUAAUCUUGGUAGUAAUCAAAGGCAUAAAUUAGUAGAAAGAGGUGUAAUCCCACCUUUGAUUUCUAUGCUUCAUUACCAAAAUUAUGAAGCCAUUGAAGCUGCUCUGUUUGCUCUGCUUAGUCUUGCCUAUGGCAGUGAAAGGACCAAGAGGCGUAUAGUCAAAUCUGGGGCUGUAACAGCUUUAUUGAACCUCUUUCAAUGCCAAAACAAGUCUUUAAUAGAGCUCACUGUAGCAUUCAUGUUAAUCCUAUCAUCUUGCAAAUCAAAUAAGUUACCAAUUGCCUCAUCUGGGGUCAUCCAAAUUUUGGUUGAAUUUCUCAAUGAAGACUUAUCAAACGAUUAUAUUAGUCUUCAAACCAAGCUUGAUGCCAUAGCCACUCUCCACAACCUUUCAACAUGUCAUGAGAUUAUCCCAUUGUUUGUUUCUUCCGGUUUAGUCUUUUCCUUGCUUCAACUAAUCCACGUCUCAGAAAAGUCAUCGGAGUUUGUCCUCAAAGGGAUCGCGCUGCUUGAAGACAUUGUUUCUUUGUCAAAUGAUGCGCUGCAGGAAACUGCAGGAACGUCGGGGUCAAUUCGAGCAUUAGUAGAGACGAUUGAAGAAGGCUCGCCUGAGUGCCGAGAGCACGCAGUGAGCAUCUUGCUGUAUGUAUGCAAGAGCUGCCGAGAGAAAUACAGAGGGUUGAUCUUGAAGGAAGGAGUGAUGCCGGGGCUUCUUCAGCUGAGCAUUGAUGGAACUUGGAAGGCUAGAAAAUUGGCUCGAGAGUUAUUGUUGCUUUUGAGAGAUUGCUCAAAUUACAAUUCGAAGAAUAUACAGUCAAAGCGUGAGCUUAUAGAGCAGAUCAUGCAAGAAAUUGAUGCAGAAGAAGGUAGGGUUUUGGAGACCACUACGCUGAGACUCGUAGAAGAGAUGAUAGCAAAGCUUAGUGUAUGACUGAAUAUUGAUGGGGAGUUAAUCAUUGAAGUAUUGGAAGCUGUAAUUUUUCUUUUAAUGUAAAUAUAACUGGGUUUAAAUUUAAACUAACAAACUAUUGUCCCCAGAAGAUUGUGAGCCGAAAUAGCAAAAACAAACCUAGCAAAAUAGAGAAGGACCAAUCCACCAAACAAAAAUGUGAGCCACACGCAUACUAAAAGAAAGUACUUUAUAGUUUAUAUGGGUCAUUUUGUAGCAUCUACACAUUAUGAGACAAUAAUAACAAAGUAAAAGUCACUGCUAAUGCCACAUUAUUAAGCAAGCUGACUAAUGAAUACAUUUUUUAAAAGUAAAAAAAAAAAAUCACCUUUAACCAAAGAAACUUAUAAAAUUAUCUCCUUUAACAUAAGGUUAUGAAAGAGUAUGCUUUUAUUGAUGUCGAACCACCAAACUCCCUACAAAAAAACCAGGAUACAGUGUUGCGAGCACACUGGAAGCCAUGGAUAACAGUAGUAUAUUUCAGUUCGAUCUUUUGUAAAAGACAUAGGCCACCGCCACUGUUGCUACUGCACUGACCACAGCCGCGGCAGCAUACAUGUCCGCUUGAUCCAAUUUUCUAAACCAGCCCGACAGUUUGCAGAUAGACCCCUCUUUGCUGCAAACGCCUACCUUCUUUUCUUCACUUUUAUCACUCUGUUCCAAACUUACAUCUCUGCAACAAGUAACCCCGCCAUUAGCACCCUGGCAACAACCU